CUCCGCCGCAAACUUUUUCCUCCCAUCCUGGGGCGGCUCGGAGGGAAUGGAAGAUGGCGGCCUAGGCGCGGAGUUUCCUGCCGGGCGGCGGCUGCGGCGGCGCCAUGACGCGCUGGGUGCCCACCAAGCGGGAGGAGAAAUACGGCGUCGCAUUUUAUAACUACGAUGCCAGGGGAGCGGAUGAGCUUUCUUUGCAAAUAGGAGACACUGUGCACAUCUUGGAAACAUACGAAGGGUGGUACAGAGGUUACACCUUACGAAAAAAGUCUAAAAAGGGUAUAUUUCCUGCUUCAUAUAUUCAUCUUAAAGAAGCCAUAGUUGAAGGAAAAGGGCAACAUGAAACGGUCAUCCCAGGCGACCUCCCACUCAUACAGGAAGUCACCACGACACUCCGAGAGUGGUCCACCAUCUGGAGACAGCUCUACGUGCAAGACAACAGGGAGAUGUUUCGAAGUGUGCGGCACAUGAUCUACGACCUUAUCGAAUGGCGAUCACAGAUUCUAUCUGGAACUCUGCCGCAGGAUGAGCUCAAAGAGCUGAAGAAGAAGGUCACUGCCAAAAUUGAUUAUGGAAACAGAAUUCUCGAUCUGGACUUGGUGGUGAGAGAUGAAGAUGGGAACAUUUUGGAUCCAGAACUAACUAGCACGAUUAGUCUCUUUAGAGCUCAUGAAAUAGCUUCUAAACAAGUGGAGGAAAGAUUGCAAGAAGAAAAAUCCCAAAAGCAGAACAUAGAUAUUAACAGACAAGCUAAGUUUGCUGCCACCCCUUCUCUGGCCUUGUUUGUCAACCUCAAAAAUGUGGUUUGUAAAAUCGGAGAAGAUGCUGAAGUGCUCAUGUCUCUCUAUGACCCUGUGGAGUCCAAAUUUAUCAGUGAAAACUACCUGGUUCGCUGGUCAAGUUCAGGAUUGCCUAAAGAUAUAGACCGAUUGCAUAAUUUGCGGGCUGUCUUUACUGACCUCGGAAGCAAAGACCUGAAAAGGGACAAAAUCAGUUUUGUUUGUCAGAUCGUUCGAGUGGGUCGCAUGGAGCUGAGAGACAACAACACCAGGAAGCUGACCUCGGGCUUGCGGCGGCCUUUUGGAGUGGCCGUGAUGGAUGUAACGGAUAUAAUAAAUGGAAAAGUAGACGAUGAGGAUAAGCAGCAUUUCAUCCCCUUUCAGCCGCUCGCGUUGGACGACGCCAUUCGACACAAGCCGCUGAACAUGUCAUCCCGUUUUUCACCCAGGGUGGCAGGGGAGAAUGACUUCCUUCAGACUGUUAUAAACAAAGUCAUUGCUGCCAAAGAAGUCAACCACAAGGGCCAGGGUUUGUGGGUAACCCUGAAAUUACUUCCUGGAGAUAUCCAUCAGAUUAGAAAAGAAUUUCCUCAUUUAGUGGACAGGACCACAGCGGUGGCUCGGAAAACGGGGUUUCCGGAGAUAAUCAUGCCUGGUGAUGUUCGAAAUGAUAUCUACGUAACAUUAGUUCAAGGAGAUUUCGAUAAAGGAAGCAAAACCACAGCAAAGAACGUGGAGGUUACAGUGUCUGUUUACGAUGAAGACGGGAAACGGCUGGAGCAUGUGAUUUUCCCGGGUGCUGGUGACGAAGCGAUUUCAGAGUACAAGUCUGUGAUUUACUACCAAGUAAAACAGCCACGUUGGUUUGAGACCGUUAAGGUGGCCAUUCCCAUUGAGGACGUCAACCGCAGUCACCUUCGAUUUACCUUCCGCCAUCGGUCGUCCCAGGAUUCCAAGGAUAAGUCUGAGAAAAUAUUUGCACUAGCCUUUGUAAAGCUGAUGAGAUACGAUGGGACCACGCUGAGGGACGGGGAGCAUGAUCUCAUCGUCUAUAAGGCGGAGGCCAAGAAGCUGGAGGACGCCGCCACGUACUUGAGCCUGCCCUCCACCAAGGCAGAGUUAGAGGAAAAGGCGCACUCGGCCACGGGCAGGAGCAUGCAGAGUCUUGGGAGCUGCACCAUCAGCAAAGACUCUUUCCAGAUCUCCACGCUUGUGUGCUCCACCAAGCUGACUCAGAAUGUGGACCUGCUGGGGCUCUUGAAGUGGCGUUCCAACACCAGCUUGCUGCAGCAGAACUUGAGACAGCUGAUGAAGGUGGAUGGCGGUGAAGUGGUGAAGUUCCUCCAGGACACCUUGGAUGCCCUCUUCAACAUCAUGAUGGAGAACUCCGAGAGCGAGACGUUUGAUACACUGGUGUUUGAUGCUCUGGUGUUUAUCAUUGGACUAAUUGCUGACAGGAAAUUUCAGCAUUUUAAUCCUGUUCUGGAAACCUACAUUAAGAAACACUUCAGUGCAACAUUAGCCUACACGAAGCUGACCAAAGUUUUAAGGAACUAUGUGGACAAUGCCGAGAAGCCGGGAAUAAACGAGCAGCUGUACAAAGCUAUGAAGGCUUUGGAGUAUAUCUUCAAAUUCAUCGUGCGCUCCAGGAUCCUGUUCAACCAACUGUACGAAGACAAAGGAGAGGCGGACUUCAUGGAGUCUCUGCUGCAGCUAUUCCGAUCCAUCAGCGACAUGAUGAGCAGCGUGUCGGACCAGACUGUCAGGGUGAAGGGGGCGGCGUUGAAGUACUUGCCAACUAUUGUCAACGAUGUGAAAUUGGUGUUCGAUCCCAAAGAGCUCAGCAAAAUGUUUACUGAUUUCAUCCUAAAUGUUCCCAUGGGUUUGCUGACCAUUCAGAAGCUAUAUUGCUUGAUUGAAAUCAUUCACAGUGACCUCUUCACACAGCACGACUGCAGAGAGAUCCUGCUUCCCAUGAUGACGGAUCAGCUCAAGUACCAUCUAGAGAGACAGGAAGACCUGGAGGCCUGUUGCCAGCUGCUCAGCAACAUCCUGGAGGUUCUGUACAGGAAGGAUGUGGGGCCAACUCAGAGGCAUGUCCAGAUAAUCAUGGAGAAACUUCUCCGGACAGUGAACCGAACCGUCAUUUCCAUGGGGCGGGAUUCCGAACUCAUUGGAAACUUUGUGGCUUGUAUGACAGCUAUUUUACGACAAAUGGAAGAUUAUCAUUACGCCCAUUUGAUCAAGACUUUCGGGAAAAUGAGGACCGAUGUUGUGGAUUUCCUGAUGGAAACAUUCAUCAUGUUUAAGAACCUCAUUGGGAAGAACGUCUACCCUUUCGACUGGGUGAUAAUGAACAUGAUGCAGAAUAAAGUCUUCCUGCGAGCGAUUAAUCAGUAUGCAGAUAUGCUGAACAAAAAAUUUCUGGAUCAAGCCAACUUUGAGCUACAGCUUUGGAACAACUACUUUCACCUGGCUGUCGCUUUCCUCACUCAGGAGUCCUUGCAACUGGAGAAUUUUUCAAGCGCCAAGAGAGCCAAAAUCCUCAACAAGUAUGGAGACAUGAGGAGACAGAUUGGCUUUGAAAUCAGAGACAUGUGGUACAACCUUGGUCAACACAAGAUAAAGUUCAUUCCAGAAAUGGUCGGCCCGAUAUUAGAAAUGACGCUAAUACCUGAGACUGAACUGCGCAAAGCCACCAUCCCUAUCUUCUUUGACAUGAUGCAGUGUGAAUUCCAUUCCACGCGAAGCUUCCAGAUGUUUGAAAAUGAGAUCAUCACCAAGCUGGAUCACGAAGUGGAAGGAGGCAGAGGAGACGAACAGUACAAAGUGUUAUUUGAUAAAAUCCUCUUGGAGCACUGCAGGAAGCACAAAUACCUCGCCAAGACAGGAGAAACUUUUGUAAAACUCGUGGUGCGCCUGAUGGAAAGACUCCUGGAUUAUAGAACCAUCAUGCAUGAUGAGAACAAAGAAAAUCGCAUGAGCUGUACUGUCAACGUGCUGAAUUUCUACAAAGAAAUUGAAAGAGAAGAAAUGUACAUAAGGUACCUAUACAAGCUGUGUGACCUCCACAGAGAGUGUGACAACUACACAGAGGCGGCCUACACCUUGCUUCUCCAUGCAAAGCUUCUGAAGUGGUCAGAGGAUGUGUGCGCGGCCCACCUCACCCAGCGGGACGGGUACCAGGCGACAACGCAGGGACAGCUGAAAGAACAGCUCUACCAGGAAAUCAUCCACUACUUCGACAAAGGCAAGAUGUGGGAGGAGGCCAUUGCUCUGGGUAAGGAACUUGCCGAACAGUAUGAAAACGAGAUGUUUGAUUACGAACAACUCAGCGAAUUACUGAAAAAACAGGCUCAGUUUUAUGAAAACAUCGUCAAAGUGAUAAGACCUAAGCCUGACUAUUUUGCUGUUGGCUACUAUGGACAAGGAUUCCCCACAUUCCUUCGGGGGAAAGUUUUCAUUUACCGAGGGAAAGAGUAUGAACGCAGGGAAGAUUUCGAAGCUCGACUGUUAACUCAGUUCCCAAACGCUGAGAAAAUGAAGACAACAUCUCCACCAGGCGAUGAUAUUAAGAACUCUCCUGGCCAGUAUAUCCAGUGCUUUACCGUAAAGCCCAAACUCGAUCUGCCCCCCAAAUUUCAUAGGCCUGUGUCAGAGCAGAUUGUAAGUUUUUACAGGGUGAACGAGGUCCAGCGGUUUGAAUAUUCUCGGCCGAUCCGCAAAGGAGAGAAAAACCCGGACAAUGAAUUUGCGAACAUGUGGAUCGAGAGAACCAUAUACACAACCGCGUACAAAUUACCUGGAAUUUUAAGGUGGUUUGAGGUCAAAUCUGUUUUCAUGGUGGAGAUCAGCCCCCUGGAGAAUGCCAUCGAGACCAUGCAGCUGACCAACGACAAGAUGAACAGCAUGGUGCAGCAGCACCUGGACGACCCCAGCCUCCCCAUCAACCCCCUCUCCAUGCUCCUCAAUGGCAUCGUGGACCCCGCCGUCAUGGGAGGCUUUGCAAAUUAUGAAAAGGCCUUCUUUACAGAGCGGUACCUGCAGGAGCACCCAGAGGCCCACGAAAAGAUUGAGAAGCUCAAGGACCUAAUCGCGUGGCAGAUUCCAUUUUUGGCUGAAGGGAUCAGGAUUCAUGGAGACAAAGUCACAGAAGCACUGAGGCCCUUUCAUGAGAGAAUGGAAGCCUGUUUCAAACAGCUCAAGGAAAAAGUGGAAAAGCAAUAUGGUGUCCGAACCAUGCCUUCAAGUCUGGAUGACAGAAGAGGCAACCGUCCCCGGUCCAUGGUCCGAUCCUUCACGAUGCCUUCAUCAUCCCGGCCUCUGUCAGUGGCCUCCGUGUCAUCCCUCUCAUCAGACAGCACCCCUUCCAGGCCAGGCUCGGAUGGGUUUGCUCUGGAGCCUCUCCUGCCCAAGAAAAUGCACUCCAGGUCCCAAGACAAGCUGGACAAGGAUGACCCCGAGAAGGAGAAGAAGGACAAGAAGAAGGAAAAAAGGAACAGCAAACAUCAAGAGAUAUUUGACAAGGAAUUUAAACCCACCGACAUUUCCCUGCAGCAGUCUGAGGCUGUGAUUCUUUCAGAGACGAUAAGUCCUCUGCGGCCCCAGAGACCGAAGAGCCAGGUGAUCAACGUCACUGGAAGUGAAAGACGUUUCUCUGUGUCCCCGUCACCACCAUCCUCCCAGCCAACACCGCCUCCAGUCACACCAAGGGCCAAGCUCAGCUUCAGUUUGCAGUCGAGUCUGGAGCUGAACGGCAUGACCGGCAUGACGGGGAUGGACACGGCCGAAGUCCCGCCCCCCCUGCCUCUCAAAGGGAGCAUGGCAGAUUAUGGAAACUUGAUGGAAAACCAGGAUUUGAUCAGCUCGCCCACCCCCCCGCCCCCUCCUCCUCACCAGAGGCAUGUUCCGCCUCCACUGCCCAGCAAGACCCCACCUCCGCCCCCUCCGAAGACGACGCGCAAGCAGACGUCAGUGGACUCCGGAAUCGUGCAGUGAAGGCCGCAGGACCGCUGGGAGGUUGCAGCUGCACCCCCCCUGCCCCACUCCCCACUCUUCUCCCGUGCGUCCUCAUUACCUCAUUGGGCCCGUGAUGUCUCAUCUGUCGUGCAAUCGCUUGUCCUGAGAAGGAGCUCACUUCCAGCCUCUCGCAUCGGGGAGCAAGGUGGAUAGGGGUCUGGAACGGUGGUCAGCACGAUCGAAAGUGGGGGCUUCUGACUGUGUCUGUCCUGAGAGCCUAAGUCUUGCCCAGAAGUCCCCUGUUGGUGCCAAAUGACAGGUGAGCAAAGACAGCGCUUGCCCUGGGUUUCGGGCAGCAGGAGAGGUUAGGCCAUCGCCGUGAGCCCGUGAGGCCGUGUGGCGAGUGCUCAGCUCCUCCAGAGGCUGGCUCCCAGCUCCCCCUGGAAGGGAGGGUCCUCAGCCCUCCUCCUGCGGGUGUGACUUGCCGUCAAGUGUGGCUUCAACCCGAGUCCGGCAGUUAAGGUCCACCCUUUCAGGGAAGUUCCUGUUUCCUUUCCUAUAAUUUAAAAUAGGAUUCUUUCUCAGCUACUGAACAGUUACUAAUUUAUGCAGUAGAAACACCGUUAAAAAUCCUGGAUCCACUGGGAGAGCAAAUACACGUUCUUUCUUUUUAAAAAGAGAAGGCCUGCAGCACAUCGGUGGCUUUAAUUGGGUGACUUCUUUCUGUCCUCAUUCUGUACAGAAGUUUGUAUAUAUGAUGGUCCUUAGAAGUUAAGUGUUCAUGUUUUUGGUCCUUCCCGUGUAACAGGCGUCCACAAAUGAUUCUUGGUAUGUGUUCUUAAUUUUUUAACUGCUGGAAGUAUGAACACACACAAACAAAAAAAUAAAAUUUUGUUGAUUCCCCCCACACACACACCCAGCUCCAAAGUCCUGACAAUGUUGGUGGACGAUGAUUAAAAAAACAAGAACAACUAACUUUGUAUAACCUAAUAUUUUUAUUCUGUAAUCUAUAUUUUUUUAUCCACUAUAAUCACGAUACUCUUCUAGUAGGCUUGAAAGUUAUCCAUUGACAACAAAAAAAUAAAAAGCCAUUUAAAAAAGAUUCCCAGCGUCCAAAUACUACGUUUUUAUCCCUUGAUGUAAAAAAAAAAAAAAAAAAGUAUAUAUAAAUGCCA